AAUGACAAAAGUCUUUGUUCUUAUAUCACUAUUUUUGGGAAUUUGUUUAGGUAGUCAAUACACUCCAAUUCCAAAGAUUCCUGAUGGUUUAAUUAUUGGUGACAAUCCAAAUUUAGUAAUUGAAGCCUAUUAUGACAUAUUUUGUCCAGGCUCUAGAGAAUCCUACAACAUAUUCAAAACUGUAAUUGAAUCAUUAGAGAAGGACUCUUUUACUGUAAUAAUUUGAUUAUGAAUUUAGUUUAUCAUUCAUUAAUUUCCACUUCCUUAUCAUAAGAAUGCUUUUUCAGCAUCAGCAGGAUAUAAAUACAUUUGGAAGACAAUAUCUUCAGAAGCAGCCUAUAAGUUUGAAGGAUUGAUGUUGAAUAAUUUAGAGUAAUUCACAGGUAAAAUGAUUUUAUUAUAUAUAGAUUUGGCAACUCUGAAUCUAAAAUAAUCUGAAGUUUAUUAGAAGAUUAUUGAUUUAGUUAAGACAUAAUUGCCUUAAUAUUAAAUUAACUAUGAUGAAUUACUGAAUUCUAUGAAACCUGGUACACCUGAAAAUAUUGAGACUAGAUAUAGUUGGAAAUAUGGAACUAGUAGAAGUGUUAGUGGAACUCCUACUAUAUUUGUAAAUGGUGUUUUAUUUGAUAAGGGAGAAGAGUUAUCAGCUCAAUAAUGGAUUCAAUACAUUUAGAAUCGUAAAUAACAAAAUUGAA